CCCUUAGCUUUAUUUCAUGUCUAUUAGCAUUUUUAUUAUUGAUGUCUAGGUGACUGCACUUGGCUUUUUGUUUAUGUUAAUGUCUAUUGCGUAUCACGGCUGUUUGUUUGGUUUUGUACCGGUUUUUACAAAUAAUGACCUGCUGCCCUGUGGGAAUUCUCUUUUUCUUGUUUGGCUGUUUUGUUUUCCUGGUUUAUAUGCGUUGAAGACGCUUAACCUUUUCGAGAAGAUGUAAGAUUACUUUAUUAGUAUAGAGAAUGCGGAUUAAAGCUAUUGAACUUAUCUUUAGUUGUAACCAUGAUACUACAUAAGUCCUUCGAGAGAACAUUGAUUUCACCUGUACAGGUUAUGUAACUGAUUUCUUACAUUAUUCACUUGUUGUAUUGCACUGCACUACUGUAUUAGCGCUUUGCUGAUUCUGAAGACAUCGGGAGACAGGUACCUUGAUUUACCAACACAGGUAGUGGCCCUGGGCUGUAAUUCCGCACUGUAUACACUUACAAUGGCCUAGCAAACUUAAUUGUGACCGAUUUAUUGUUACUAAUAGGUUUUUAUUACUUCCUUACUCUUUAAAAGCGAUCGCUUGCGCGUCUGCAUCUUAUGGUGUCUCAAGACGUACUGUUUCUUAAGCAUUCACCGUGUUCACUAUAAACUUGUAAUAUGUCAGUGUCAGUUUGACAAGUUCAUAUGAAUUCAUUUUGACAAAUUCAUAUGAAUUCUUAAAGUACGGUUUUACACUCCGCCGAUCUACGGCGUUUCGUUUUCAUAUUCGUUAGUGCACGUUACAACACAUUCGAUCCAAACAUCCAAAUUAUGAUAAGGUAAAAAUGCACAAAAAGUCUAGAAAACAGGACCUCUUUAGAGAUGGCACUAAAUCGAAUAAAUCAGGGGAGUUGCCCAAUAAACUGCCGACCACGGUAAUUGAUGAGCCUAUUUAUGAUUUUCAAAAGGAAAUGGAAAAGAUGGAAAGGAGUAAAAAAAAUAUUCAAAAUGAAAAGGAGAAACACAAAAGGGAAAAGAGUUUUUUGGAAAAAGGUUUGUUAAAACUAAACAGGAACGAAGAAGAACGUCCGUUGUCGAAGGAUAGGAUCAAAAAUGAAAAGAAUUCAAUAGAAAAAAGUUACAGAAGACCUCAUUUAAUGAGCUUAGAUUUAGAAGAUCGUAAAAAGCAUAGGAAAAUCGAGAAAAACGAAAUUAACCACAUUAAAAAAGAACCUGUUAAGCCAACAAAUGACGAAACAUUAACAAAGAAGGAGCAAAGGAAACAAAAAUCUAAAUAUACCCGAACAUUUUCACUUAGUCCAGAAAUGAAGGAAAAAAGUAAACGAAAAAUGGAAAAAGAAGACCUUUUAAAAAAAAGUGAGUUGCCAGAAGAUACUGAUAAAAGAAUGCUUAAACCUAAGAGAUACAAAAUUCCUAUUGAAUCCAACAAUUAUGAACUUGUUAAUAAAAAUACAGAAGAUCGAAAACAAGUAAAAAAGGUUAGUAAACAAAGAAGGGAAAGGCAUCAUAAUAACAUUGAAGUAAAUAGCCCACACAGAUUUAAAAUUCAGUCAGUAAAUCCUGAAGUAAAAGGAUCGGUGAGCGAGGAUUUUCAAAUAAAAAAGGUUAUUUUGGAACACAAAAAUGAAAGAAAAACACGAAGGGUGAAAAAGGAGUUAAAUGAAGAAAUCAGCAAUAAUUUAACUAAUAAGGAGAUGGAAGUACUUCAAUUAAUGGAUAUAAGAGAUAAUUUUUCUGAAUGCGAAAGCACAAAUUUGCUUAUAGAACAUGCAGAGAAGAAAAGUAAGAAACAAAAAACUGAAUUGGACAUUAAAAGCAUGUUAAUUACUAAAAUGCAGAAAAAACUGGAUUUUUUCUUGAAUAAAAAUCAAACAAAAAGCGAAGCUCCAAGUAAAGAACCCACAGAAAUUAUCAAAAAUAGUUCGGAAGCUAGCGACUUGGACUUACAUAAAAAACUUAAAUCAUCCAAAACUAAAAAGCAAAAUAUUAAAGAAAAUGUUCCAAAACACAAAGAACGUGUAAAACUUAAAUUGGAUAAAAACAUCGACACUGAUUCCGAAAAAUCUAAACCCAGCCGUACUAAAAUUCAAAAGCGAAGAAAAAAACAUCGCCGUCAAAAAGAGGACAAACACCUGAAAGAGUCCAGGGAAGUAGUAUUUACACCUCCAGAUCCAGUACAGAUGUUUUAUUUCACUAUACCGAAAUCUAACACGAAAGAUGAAGAAAAAGAGAAAAGCGGUAUCGAGUGUAACAAAUUGGAUAAGGCUGAAAAGCUAUUAGUUCCCGAAGGGGAAGUGGAAAAACACAAAAAGAAAAAAAAGCACGUCCAAAUAGACGUUCCAAGUUGUGUAAAAGAAGACCCAAAUCCACUUUUAACUUGUCCUGACGUAUUUCAUCAUAAUCUCGACCUUAAGGAUCCACGCAGCAUCCAUCUGGUACGUAGAAUUCAGAGGCAACGCAAAAAACGAAUGGAACGCACCCACUUGAUUACACCUAUACUGUCACAGGAGAAAAAAACUUGCAAAGAAAACGAUGUUGAUGAAGUCAAAAAAAGCAUGAAUUGUCUAACAGAAGGAAAUAUAACUAAAGAUACAAUCCAGCCAUCUACAAGUCCCACACCGAAAAUAAGCAAAUUUAAAACAAAUGUGGAAUGCAGAAAUGUGUCAAUAAUGGCGUUUCCACCAACUUUGGUAUCAAAAAAAAGUUUAAGAGACCACACACAAGAAUGGGAUCCGAUAGAGAAGAAAAUGGAAAGUGCUUUAUUUAAAAAUUACUACGAAUACAGAGACACGUCAGGACAAGUGAAAAGCGAUAGAAUUGUUGUUGCUAGCGAUAGCAACCGAAUACAGGUAGACUUCUCCGAUCCCCUUGAUAUCUGUGAUAUAGAAAGUUCUAGCAACAAACAUUUAUAUGAGGACGAAAUUAAAGUUGUCGUCAAUAAUAGCUCACCACUUGAUCUUGCUAGUGAGGCUAAAAUUAACACCAUUUUCCAAGAACUUGUAGGUGAACUUUUAACUAAAGAUAGUAGUUGUAAAACUAAUAUUAAAGAUAUUAAACGCCAAGUUACUACAAAUACAAAGGAUAAGAAAGUUUAUAAGUAUGAACUAACGACAUAUAGGGAGUACGAGCCGCAUGAUGAUUUUACUAUAAAUUACUUUAGUAAUACAAAGUUUGUGGAAGGAAGUUAUUCGGGAACAGACAAUGAAAAAGUAAUCAAUGUAAUCAAUCAAUCUAAAAGUAGAUCACUUUCGCCCAAAAUAAAUAAGCACACAAAUGCUAUUGUUCCUCCUAAAACCGUUUUUAGGACCAAGUCACCAAAAUGUUCCACCAAAAAUCAACCUAAAAUCUGCCAUGAAAAUGUAACAAAUAAAAAAACUACUAAACCUCCUCCACCUCCUACGUGUUUAAGGAAUGAAAACCCUUCCUUAAAUAACAUGUUAAAAAGAUCAAAAUCCGAUGUUGACAUUUUAGAAAAGAAAGAAGAAACAAGUAACCUUCUGCAUUCAAAAUCCAGCGGUAGUUUAAAACAAGAUGAAAAACAGAGUUCCCAGUCGUCAGCUAAUGAUUCGGAAAAGAAAGCUGAAAAGAGCAAAGCCGCCCCUGAUUUAAAACCGGAAAAGAAUCGCAACGUAUCAAACAGUUCGAGGAAGUCAGAAAAGAGUCCUGCUGUGAAAAAUCAAAAACCCAAAGUAGACUCGAAGGUGGUACAAAAAAAUAAACCUACCUUGAACAGAUCAAAGUCCGAAUUAAAUCCAAGAGAAGCAAAUAAGGCAAAAGACGAAUCGCAAAUUAACAGCUUAAUAGAACUGGAUAAAUUUCAUAAAGCGAAACCAAAUGCAAGAAACCGCUCUCUUGCAGGUUCUUUGGAUAGGUCUUUGGAAAAAAAUGCGUCUCGUAUGAAUAGUAGUAUGUUUUUAACGAAACAAUACACUGGCACUAAAAUGAGCGCUUUCCAAAAACGUAAAUGUUACGACGAAAGUAUCCGAAGACGGCUAAGGAAAAAUCCUUCAAAAAAAUCUGAACCUGUUCCUCAACAGAUUUUCGAAGUAAGGUUCGUUACAGUUAUGGGUAACGAUACACAAGGCACCAAUGCUACCACUGGUAACGUUAUAGUAAAUAAAGUGGUACCUGUUACUGACGGCAGUAACUGUAAUUUUGUGAUUUGUUGUCCGAAUAUUGUACCCAACGAAAAAGAAAAGGUCAAAAACUCUGUGCAAACUGAAGUAAAUUUAAAUAAUGGACAAAAAGAAAAACCCAAACAUACUGAAGUAAAUGUAAGCAAUUCUCAGAAAGAAAAACCUAAGAAUUCCGUCCAAACAGAAAUAAAUUUAACCAAUUGGCAAAAAGAAAAGGAUCCUUCUCCUUUGAAAGCUUGCACUGAGGUUGUAUUAGUGAAAGAUAAAAAAUGUGUGGAAAUGAAAUCAACAGGAACGGACCCUUCCCCGUUUUUAUUUCGACCCAAAGCAACAGCAAAGAAAUUUAAACCUAGACCCACAGGCAUCCCUUCGGGAAAACGCCAGCAGAAAAUAGCAUAUUCAAGGGAAGCCAAAUUUUUACAAACGGAUGAAAAAACGCUGCAAUCUAUUAGCGUGAACACAUCACCUGUAACCGCGGAAUCAGAAAAAGUUCAAACAGUACAACAAGAACAUUCUGUUAUAACUACGAAUACUAAUCCAAUCCCACACGUUAACACAUCCACUUCUCCAUUAUGCUUGACUGAUAGCAAAGAUAGUGAGACUCAACCUUCGGUUUCAGAAAUACCAGUUGGUAAAACUGCCGACACAGAGAAUGAAGAAAUUAUUAAAAAGUUUAUGCAAGUUUUAUCUCAAAACAAAGGAUCUACAUCUGAACUAGAAGAAUCUAUCAGCGAUAAAGAUAAAAGGGACGAAGUUAAAAGUGUAAUCGAAUAUUUGUGUCAAGCCCAUUAUUCCAAAUCUCAGAGUGAACACGUAACGCCACCUGUUAAAAAACGCAAGAUAUUUGAUGAAACCACUGAAGGAUCUUUUACUAGCAUUGCUUCAUCUAGUGUUAAUAAAAAUGAACCUAAACAAAUAUUCGCAAAUUCAAAGGAUUCAAAAAUUACAAAGAAAAACAGCAAGGGCCUGCCAUUCUCUAAAGAAGAAUUUCUGAAUCUUAUGAGAUCAGAUUUACCAAUAACUUUGUUUGGUACCCAAGUUAGUUGUCCCAUACUAAACAGUCCUACUUCGUCUUUCGAAUUUUUAUACGAAAAUUCAGAAGAAAGCGGAAAUUCUACAGAUGUGGAGAAAACUAUCCGAGUAACUACCUUGGAUGUUCUGCCUUUAAGUAGUCAAAACGUAUUACCGCAUGAUGUUCUCGAAAAAUACUUUGAAAAUACGCUUAACAACGAAGUUUUUCGUAGUCCGUUAUCAGAAGAAAGUGGCUAUGCAAGCUCCAAGAAAUGCAACUCGGUUACCAACUUCUUCAAAAAGAGCAGCAUCCUUGCUUUAUUUAAACCAGCGAGUUCAGAAAAAAGCAAAGAAAGCAAUGAUAAAUUGGUAGUAAAUAAUUUAAAAGAAGAGAGCUUUAACAAGAUGAGAAUGGAAUGUCAGAUGUAUGCUCGGAAAGUAAUGGAAAAUAAAUCAAGUGAAACUGUUAUCAGUUAUGAAGAAAUACCUUUGGGGGUUCUGUUAGGCAAAAGCAGUCAAGAAUGCCGCCCAAAUGCUAAUGUUUAUACAAUUGGGUUUGAUAAUAAUACUUCUUUUGUGGACACUGUACCCAGCAAAACAAGGAUUAGGUUUCUUACAAAGAAAAAGAACAUACCCAAGAUUCAAAGAAAUACAAAAAACAUAAAAGCCAAAGUAUCUAAAGUAGAAAAACCGGUAAUAAUUAAAUGUUCAUCUCCAAGUUUAUUACCGCUGGAAAAUAUCACGACACAAACAAGCCCGUGUUCACUCCUACCAACUACAGAACAAACAACAACUCCUGUAAAAUCAGAAGAAUCCAAUUACCCCACAUCCAACUCUUCGAUGUUAAGUGUGUGUAGGAUAUUUAGAAACGAAUCUGACAACUUUGAUAUUUUAUCUGAAAAUAGCCAAAAAGAAAAUAUAGACAUAUUAGACAUAAUCACCGAAGUCUCCAACGAAAAAUCUAUGCACUCUUCUUCUGAAAACAGUGCCCUAAGUGUUAAGAAAUUACCUUCCAAUGCUUCCCAUGACAAAACUGAGCAUGUUUCUUCUAAAAACAUUAGAGACUUGGCUUCCAGUGAAGUCACAAUAAACAAAAUUGAACAUGUUUCUUUAGAAAUCAUUAAAAAUUCAGCUUCCAAUGAGGUCUCCUCGAAACAAUCUGAACCUCUUUCCUUAGAAGAUAGCACCUUGAGUGUUAAAAACUCUGAACAGUUAAUAGAAGUCACAGAUAUCGAUCAGGAGUCUUCUUUGCAAUGCAUUAAAGUAGGUUAUUCUUUUGGUUCAAUAAUUGAUAAAGAAGUAAUUGAAAAUUUUGUAUCGAAAACGGACCAUAGCAAAGAUCAGCUGCAACGACAAAAAAGCUCCCUAACAGAUCAAGUUUAUUCAGGUUGUUUUAGCAAUCAGAACCUUACCGAAUUGUGUGUUAUGAAUACAGUGAGGAGUCAAAUUUGUAAUACGUUCUUCGAAAAUAUGUUUAAAAUUUAUGAGAAAGAAAUAGAAAUUCGAGAGCAAUUAUAUGUCGAUGGCAAGUUUUUCGAAGAUUUAAAAUCUUUGGCAAUGAGGACUGAUGAAAUGAUGGGACGGCAGAAACUUAAAACAAAAUCAAGUGUUUUUGGAAAAUUGUUUAAACGAAAAAGUAAAGACGAAAAAUCACUUCACUCUGCUGACUCGUCAUUGAGCGUUGAUGAUAAAUGCAAAUCUUUAGAUGCCAUUAAGAAUGAUAGUCAAGAUGUAAAACUUAUGUGUGAAGCGAAUAAUGGUCAUGUUAAGACGAUGGCACGCGAUGCCAAACGAAGAUUUUCUUCUCUUGUCCAAGCUGUGUCGGCACAAAAGGAUAUGAAUCAUGAACUUAAAUUCCUUAGGUUUUUAAAAAUUCUUGAACGGGUAGAACAAGGAGAUUUUUCAGUAAUAAGGAAGGAUGGGUCAAAAUUGACAGAAGUUAUCAAAGAAGAAAUUAAGGGUACAUUUUUGUACGGUUUUCAGCUGGCAUUUUUAGAAUCGAAAAAGUCUGGCCGUCAGUUGUCAGACCAAGACCUAAACCAAUUAAAAUUAUUAGUAAUUAAGUAUUCGUAUGGAUUGUUAUUUGAUGCACAAUUUAUAGCUACUUAUAUUGGAAAAGGAGUGAUAACUUCGGAAUCCCAAUUAAAAGAUGCAGUGAGAUAUCUUCUAAAUACUGAAAAAAAUAAAACCAUCGAUACUAUUGAUUUUGAAAAAACGUGUCUAAUGAAAUUAUAGUAUGUAAUAGUGUAAAAAUAAUAAAACCAGUUUUAAACUGAAAAAUGUUUAUUAAACUAACUUAAGCUAUCACAUUCCAUGGUACAAAACUACCUGGUUUUUGAUUUUCCAUCUAAAAAGAAACAGUAAUUUCGUUAAUAUUGAUUCAAAGAAUACCAAAAAAUAUUAAUACGGCUUUCAUUUACUGCUUGACUUAAAAUGAAAAGUGUACUAAUAUUUGUUUGGUAUAUUACACCUAUCUUGAGAGUCAAUCCGGGAACGCUCUUUUUUUACAGAACUUAAUUAUGGGUUUAUAACCCUUCUGGGGUCAAAAAAAAUCAUUUUAUUACCUUUAAAGUAAUGUCAUCCAAACAUAACAUUCUUAUUUUUGCUGAUGUCAAUGGGGCAUCAAUUUCGAAUGAUUCUGAAAUUCCCGAUUCACCUCUUGCUGACUUUAUGGCAUCUUUUACUGCGAAUAAUACAGAACAGGCUGAAAAUAGUGGUGGUUCACCGAUUGCCUAAAAAAUUAACUCGUAGAUAAUUCAAUUUUUCUUUUUUUUAUUUACCUUGGAAGAAUAUACUGCUCGUGAAUUUGAUACACCUUUGAGCAGUGACACGUUAAACUCAAGAGGGAUAUCAGCAAAUCCUGGAAGUUUGUAAGUACCAGGUCCUCUGGUGAAGGUCUCGCCAUUUGGUCGGUAAACCAUUUCUUCCAACAUAUAUAAACCAUAUCCUUGCAUGAAAGCCCCUUCUAUUUGUCCUAUGUCUAUUGCAGGGUUCAGACUUUUCCCCAAAUCCAUUACGAUAUCGGUCCUUAAUACUUGAUGAUCUCCUGUUAAGACGUCGAUUUCUACUUGGGAGCAUGCAGCACCGUAUGAGAAAUAGUUGUACAAAUUUCCUUCGCCAGUUGCCCAGUCAUAGUUUAUGUCGGGGGUUUUGUAAAAACCAGUAGCUGACAGACUGACUCUGUCGAAGUAGGCUUUAUUGACCCAUUCGUGCCAGCCUGCUUCGGGAUGUUUUUCCUUGUAAGGUCGUAGGCGUUCUUUAAUUUUUUCACAAGCUUGCUAAAAAAAUUGUUUUUAUAUAAGUAUGACUUGCAUUUGAAUAACCUUACAAUAACAGCAGGUCCGUUUAAGUCGCUACUGCUACUGGCAGCAGUUUGUGUUGCAUUUGGAACUGUAUUGGUAGCCGUUGUGCUGGUGUGUAUUAACUCAAUGGGUACUUCCAAAGCUCUACUAGCAACUUGGAUCAUUUUGGUCCAUAAACCUUGACCCAUCUCAAUUCCACCGUGCGAUAAAAGCACGGUACCAUCGGUGUAAACCAAGAUUAAAGCUCCCGCCUGGUUUAGGAAAGGUGCGCUAAAUCCCACUCCGUAUUUUAUUGGAAGGGCGCUUAUACCGCGUUUUUUAUAUUUAUGU